AGCACUGUACUUGUUAUAAUUAAGCCUCUGUUGUGCUAUUAGUAUUUCCUGUGUUGCUGAAGAUGUUGGAAGGAAAAGGUGUGGUGAAAGAGUCAGACAUGUCAGAAGGGAUGCAGAGCUAUGUUAUGGAGUUAGCACACCAAGCUCUCGAUGCCCACCAAGUUUCUGAUUGUCAGUCCAUUGCUCAUUUCAUCAAACAUAAACUUGACGAAGCAUAUGGACCUGCGUGGAAUUCCGUGGUUGGAAAAGACUUUGGAUCUUGCAUUACACAUUUAUGUGGAAGUUUCAUAUUCUUCCGCGUGAAGAUGAUGGAGUUUCUGAUCUUCAAAGAUGGGAAGGACUUCACCCAAAGCAGAGAAGAAGCUAUUGGAGUGCUCCAAUUAAAAGGCUAG